CCGCCUCGCGCCCCCGCCCUGCGGGUGUCUCGCACGCAGCCCGUGCGAAUGCCGGGGUCUGUCUAGCGCCUGCAGCGCGUGCCCGCGCCCCGCCUUGCGCUGCCCCCCCAGCCCGCGCUGCCCCGGGCCCUCCUUUCCCGCUCCGCUCCCUCCUUUCCCUGCGGACGCCGCCCCUCCCGCGCUGGCUCCGGCGCGGGCUCGGGUGCAGCCGCAGCCGCCGCUGGAAAGUUCAGAAGCCCUGGAAAGGAGAAGGAAUAAGACGGCAGGAGGAAGAGAGAGAGAGGGUAGAAUGGAAGAAUCUCACUUCAAUUCUAACCCAUACUUCUGGCCUUCUAUACCCACAGUCUCAGGGCAGAUUGAAAACACAAUGUUCAUCAACAAGAUGAAGGAUCAGCUGUUGCCAGAGAAGGGCUGUGGACUGGCACCACCUCACUACCCCACUUUACUGACCGUGCCUGCCUCAGUGUCCCUGCCCUCUGGUAUCAGCAUGGACACAGAGUCCAAGUCAGAACAGCUGACCCCACACAGCCAGGCAUCUGUUACCCAGAAUAUCACAGUAGUCCCUGUGCCAUCUACAGGACUGAUGACUGCAGGAGUCUCCUGUUCUCAGAGGUGGAGAAGAGAAGGGAGUCAAUCAAGGGGUCCUGGUUUGGUAAUCACAUCCCCCUCAGGCUCUCUUGUGACCACAGCCUCAUCAGCUCAGACCUUCCCUAUUUCGGCUCCCAUGAUUGUCUCAGCUCUCCCCCCUGGCUCACAAGCCCUACAGGUGGUCCCUGACCUCUCCAAGAAGGUAGCAUCAACCCUAACUGAGGAAGGAGGCGGAGGUGGAGGUGGUGGCGGUAGUGUGGCUCCUCCUAAGCCUCCUCGGGGCCGCAAGAAGAAGCGGAUGCUGGAAUCAGGGCUUCCCGAGAUGAGUGACCCUUACGUCCUUGCCCCUGAGGAUGACCACGACCAUCAGAAAGAUGGCAAAACUUACAGGAGCGAAGGGAACUGCGGCACAGGAAAUGGACAGAGCCUUGGGCUCAUGGAUUCAGUUCCCGGCUCCACCACGAACUUGCUGUGUGACCCUGGGUGCCGGAUGUGCUCACUGACCUUCUACUCAAAGUCGGAGAUGCAGAUCCACUCCAAAUCACACACCGAGACCAAGCCCCACAAGUGCCCGCACUGCUCCAAGACCUUUGCCAACAGCUCCUACCUGGCCCAGCACAUCCGUAUCCACUCAGGGGCCAAGCCCUACAGUUGUAACUUUUGUGAGAAAUCCUUCCGCCAGCUCUCCCAUCUUCAGCAGCACACCCGGAUUCACUCCAAGAUGCACACGGAGACCAUCAAGCCCCACAAGUGCCCGCACUGCUCCAAGACCUUCGCCAACACCUCCUACCUGGCCCAGCACCUCCGCAUCCACUCGGGGGCCAAGCCCUACAACUGUUCCUACUGCCAGAAGGCCUUCCGCCAGCUCUCCCACCUCCAGCAGCACACACGAAUCCACACUGGUGAUAGACCGUACAAAUGUGCACACCCAGGCUGUGAGAAGGCCUUCACACAACUCUCCAAUCUGCAGUCCCACAGACGGCAGCACAACAAAGAUAAACCCUUCAAGUGCCACAAUUGUCAUCGAGCAUACACAGAUGCAGCCUCACUCGAGGCUCACUUAUCUACACAUACGGUGAAGCACGCCAAGGUGUAUACCUGUACAAUCUGCAGUCGGGCAUAUACAUCGGAAACAUACCUUAUGAAACAUAUGCGCAAACACAACCCUCCUGAUCUCCAGCAACAAGUACAGGCGGCGGCAGCGGCGGCGGCAGUGGCCCAGGCCCAGGCCCAGGCCCAGGCUCAAGCCCAGGCUCAGGCUCAGGCUCAGGCUCAGGCUCAGGCUCAGGCUCAGGCCCAGGCCCAGGCUCAGGCUCAGGCUCAGGCUUCCCAGGCAUCGCAGCAGCAGCAACAGCAGCAGCAGCAGCCACCACCACAACCACCACACUUCCAAUCCCCUGGGGCAACUCCCCAGAGUGGGGGUGGUGGGGACAGCAACCCCAACCCUCCACCCCAGUGUUCCUUUGACCUGACCCCCUAUAAGACCGCGGAGCAUCAUAAGGACAUCUGCCUCACUGUCACCACCAGCACCAUCCAGGUGGAACACCUGGCCAGCUCUUAGAGAUCCGUACUGUCAUCCACUGGAAAAAGGAGAAAGAAGUUCUCAUCCCUUCUUUGUCCAACUCCUUUUGGUGGGAAAGUCCUCUUCUUCCUUGACAAGCCUUGUAUUCAUCUCCUUGGGCCUCAGUCAUGGCUUUCCUUGACAAGAUACCAUCCUUAUUCUCAACUGUUCUUCAAAAGGAAUAUCAGCCCUCCUGAUUGGCAAAGGAAUCCUGAGCUGAUAGUGUCAUCUAACAGCCCCCUUCCAAGCAAAGCUUUUAAAAUUGGGGGUUGGUGCUUAAGAGGAAGGAUCUGCUAUAACCUCACAAGAUGUUGUCCAGUGUGGGCACUUACCCUUUUCUCUCCCUCCUCAUUCUCAAAGUUGGGGCUGAUAGAAGACUAGAGGAUGGCCUUCCCAGAUACCAGAGAAGGGAGUCCUAAAUGCAACUGGCCUCCCAUUCUAUGCUUACCUGUAAAAGAACAGGUUUUGCACAUGCCCCAGACCCUGUGAGCCAUUUUCUUCCCAAAUAUAUGAUCACACUUAACUUCCUAUCUACUACUACAUAGGAGUAGUAGGAUAGGAGAUUUAGGUGGUGAUUACACCUCUUUUAUUUGUAAGGGGACCAGUGGCUAAGAUAUGGUCCCUAAGGUGCCAGAGAUUUCCCAGGUGACCAAGGGUGGCUUAUAAAUGUGGGUUAGGAUUUUUCCUUCCAGCCUCCCUCUGCCAACCAAGGCCCUACACUCUUCAGUCUCAUCACCUCAGCCCAAGGAGCUUUGGGAGCUGUAUUCUCUGUGAAACCCCAGAACAAGGGUGCUGCAGAGAAGGGAGAAUUCAGGGCCCACAAAAGGACUGGACUUAGCUCCCUAGGUGCCACGGUCAGAUGCCGGAC